AUGACAAUUCAACCUAUGUCAAAUGAUAUUGAUCAAUUAAAUUUGGAUGAGGUUGAUUUCGAGGAUGAUGAACAACUUAAUUCUGGAGAAAACAACCAAAAUAAUAAUAUCAUUGAUGGGGAAAAUGUUGCAAAUGCCAUUGAUUUUACUGCAGAUGGUUUUGAUAUUGAAGAAGGAGAUCCCAAUAUUGAAAUAAUUUUACCUCCUUGGAACUAA